UGCUUCCUUCAAUUUCGGUUUUUUUUUUUUUUGCCGUUAGGGACUCUUCUUUCUGUCGAUCGUCAGCUGUCUGCCUGAAAGGGAGUUCCUUUAUUGCUUCACUCGAUUGUCCUUCGAUUGCAGGCCACAAGCUGGAUUUUGCUUCGCUGUCGAAACAAGUGAGCAGAGUUUUCAUUAGUCUUCCAUAUGUCGAAGCCAAGAACCUGAGUUCACAGAAACCAAAGCAGAAGCUCGAUUGCUUGAUUGUUUCUUCGCUGGUUUCGCAAUUCUCAGAACCAGAGAAAGAAGCCAUAGUUCACAGAAGCUCGAUUGCUCGUUCAAAGCUCCACGGACUGUUUUAGGACUUCGCUAUUUCCUGUACGGAAAAUAAUAGUGAAUUACUUCUUUUCCUCGGGUGAUCAUGGCUUCUAGAUUUCAACGUACUCAGCUGGUGGCUUCACCAAUGUACCCAAACGCCAUAGCUUGGUCUGACGAGAACCUUAUCGCCGUCGCUUGUGGUCCCAUCGUCACCAUUCUGAAUCCAGCAUUGACAUUUGGACCUCGAGGCUUAAUCACCAUUCGUACCUGUGAACCUUACUCAAUUGGGCUGGUAAAAAAAGAAGAUUUGCUCGCCGGAUGUUUGCUCUCCAAUGCUUUGUCUCGGGAUCGUCGACCAUGUGUGCGUUCAAUUUCUUGGUCUCCAGUUGGAAUGGCUCCUAACUUUGGGUGCUUGCUCGCAGUUUGCACCACAGAAGGACAUGUAAAGCUUUAUCGAUCACCUUUUUGUGAUUUUUGUGCCGAGUGGAUAGAGGUUAUAGAUAUAUCAGAUAGGUUAUAUGUUUAUCUUGCAAGAACAAAUUUUGGGGAGUCAGAAAUUCUUAACUCAGAGAUUGUUCAUGAUCAAACAACGCAAGUAAAACUCGGUGAUAAUCAUGCUGAUGUGUUUCCAAGCACUAUUACUGGAAAGGAGCGUAAACGAAGAAGAGGCCAUACAACUAAUGGAAUAAAUGGUGAGAAGUCCCAUGCUGGAUCUGGCUCUCACACUGAUACAAGGGAAGAGAAAUUGCAUAAGAUACCUGCAGACCAAUAUGCUUCUCGUAGUGAUAUGCUGUCAUCAAUUGUUGUUGCCUGGUCACCAGUGUUGUGCUUGUCAUCUAAAAUCUGUACGGCAGCACAAGAUGUUUCGUCCCCCAGAUUCUCUAUAUUUGCAGUUGGAGGAAAGUCUGGUAAAAUUUCAAUCUGGAGAAUACAUGCACCACAAUGCUACUCUAUUGAGCACAGUAGAGUCUCUCCUGGUGUUGUGCUUGUUGGGAUUCUACAAGCACAUAUUUCGUGGGUCACUGCCAUCAAUUUGGCAUUACUUGGUUCUAAGGCUAAUAAUCAGGUUUUAUUGGCUAGUGCAAGUUCUGAUGGGAGUGUGAAGAUCUGGCUGGGGAAUGGUGACGAAUUGCUGGAAUCAGAAUCUAGUAAUGCUCCAUUUUUUCUACUGAAGGAGGUUAUAUUUGGCAGUUUUGUCCCAGUGUCAGUACUUUCACUAGUAACACCUGUUCAGGCACCACACAAAAUUCUCUUAGCAGUUGGUAAGGGAUCUGGUUCAAUUGAAGUAUGGACAUGUGACAUACCUAGUUGCAAGUUUGAUAAAGUUUGUUCACAGGAUGCUCAUGACUAUGUUGUUACAGGUUUAGCAUGGGCUUUUGAUGGGUGUUGUUUGUACAGCUGUGGUCAGGAUAAUUAUGUUCGUAGCUGGCUAUUAUGUGGGAAUUCUCUUUGUGAAGUAUCCAUUCCAUCAUGUACUCCUAGUCUGAGGAGUUCAACUGAUCUUCCAGAUGUGUUCUUUUCAUGCAUGGGUGUAGCAUCAUCUCCUGGAAAUCUUGUAGUUGCUACAGUCCGGAAUCUUGAUAUUGAACAAUUAGAUCAUAUGUAUGAGGCAAGGGCACAGAAGGCCAUUGUUGAAUUCUUCUGGAUUGGCGGACAAGAAAUAGAUAUGUUGUCCAACACUUCUCAAGACUUCAUCAAAGAAUCUUUUCUUGGUUUUUCCAAAAGCGAAUUGUUAUACUGGGAAUCCAACAUUCUGUGGUGUUUGAAAACCUUUGAAAAUCCAGAUAAGCCUCUAGUUAUUUGGGAUAUCAUAGCGUCAUUAUUGGCUUUCAAGCAGCUUAUGCCAGACUAUGUGGACCAUGUGCUAGCUAGUUGGCUUGCUAUGUUAUAUUUAGGUUCAGAUACGGACCUUUCCAUUAAUGAGGUUUUGACACGCAUCUCCCCUAAUCUAACAAAAAUAACUUCUCGCCAGUUGCACAUGCUAAAUAUUAUCUGUCGAUGCCUGGUCCUAUCUGUGUUGAAGGCUGAUGAAAUAAACAGUAAAUUGAACUUUGAAGAACCUACUAGUGCUGCAGGAGAGCAACAAACUUUGUGGAUAGAGCUACUUUCCAGAAGUGAAAAAGAACUCCGUGAAAGGCUUUUGGUUUUUAGUUUUUCUUUUUCAGCCAAAAAUUUUUCUGCAACUGGAUACUGGCGCCCUGUUGGAAUUGCACAAAUGGAGCAGUGGAUUCAACUUAAUCAGGAUCAUGUCAAUGAUCAAGUGAAAGUCCUGGCUUCAGAAAUUCAAAAACAUAAGAGCAGGCUGUCGUCCGACGUAUAUCGGGUAGAGGAACAAUGUAGCUAUUGCUCAGCAUCUGUUCCUUUUAAUUCGCCAGAGAUUGCAUUUUGCGAAGGCGUCAAGAACAGUAACGUGGACGUGCAGAACCACAAAUUGGUUAGAUGUGCUGUUUCUAUGCAGGUUUGCCCAGCAACCCCAUUAUGGCAUUGCAAGUGUUGUAACAGAUGGGCCUCCAAAUUGGCACCAGAGACUCUAUUUACAAUGCCUGGAUAUCCUGUAGACUUAAAAUCUUUAGUAGCAGAAGAAUUGACGAAACCCUUGUGUCCCUUUUGUGGGAUACAGCUUCAGAGAUUACAGCCAGAUUUUCUACUUUCUGCCACGCCUGUGUAAUUCACCUGGAGGUGUUUCCAUAAUUAGGUUUCCCCAGAUAGAUUGACUAGUUGUUCAAUGUACAAUAUGAUUAAAUUAGAAGCUGAGUUUGUAACAGAAGCUAAUUAUAAUUUGAGCUUUUCGGGCGCCAUGCCGGUGCGAGAUAUUGCUCUGUGUAACAUUGUAAUUUCCGGAGUGUUCAGCUAAGCACAAGGAGAGGCUGUUUUUGCCCACUUCA